AUGACCCAGCCCACAAAUAAAGUACUCCUUCUCCGAGUUUGUGAUUUGUGCUUUGUCACUCGUUUUGGUCCCAUGGCGCGCGAAUCGUCAAGUUCACCAGGCGGAGAUAGCAAGCCCAUUGGGAGUUCAUCAUCCAAGAACGCCAAACCCGCUACUCGAGAUUCCAAGAGAGGAGCUCUGACCUUAUUAACAGGCCAGCACAGUGCUGUAGCGGUGGACAAAAGGCUGCAUAGGAGAGUUCGGAAGGCUUGUGAGCGUUGUCGAAUCAAAAAAACCAAAUGUGAUGGAGAUUUGCCUUGCAAGAGAUGUAAACUGGAUGGUUUAGUCUGUAUAGCUGGGAGGAGGAAGAAAGGAGAACAUAAGGAAUUUCCUCCAAAAAACUCACUGGUCUCCAACAGAUACGCCGAGGUUCUAGAAGACACCCAGCAUAUUCUUAUCUCAACGAUACAUAAGCUCUAUGCUAGGGUACGGAAUGGCGAGUCAUGGAACUUGGGAGAGCCAGAGUUGGACGACAGAGGAUUACCAGUUGUCCAUGACAUUGCUGAGAGACUCGGCUGUGUACGCCCAUCAUUUGAUGAAGAUACAGACGGAUUUACAGAAUUAAAUACACCGAAUUCCGUCCCAGAUGAGCUCCAAGCGAAUCUCUCUCGGUACUCCGCGUACCCACCAGAGACCCAGCUGUCAUGGGACCAUCAACAGCCAUCACAGGAUCCUAAUAACGAUAUAUUGGACCAACAAUCUCAUGUACUACAAUCAACUCAAAAGCAUCAAUCCCACGUCCUACCCUCAAAUUCAAAUCAAGAAUCCCAAUUCGAACCCCAAACCUCCUCUCAAACACCCCCACAAUUCACCAUCGAUCCCCCCAUCUACCACAACCCGCAAACCUACAUGCCGUCACCGAAUUUCCUAAACCCCCACCUCUCCAUCCUCAAAACGCAACUACAGCAAGAGAACACGCUACAACACGUCCACGUGAACAGCAGCAGCGAAGAGCACUUCGCGAUGCUCGCCACGGACUUGCAGCUGCACUGCCCGUACGAUGCGGAUGUGAAGCAGGAGAUGCCCGAUUGUUUCAUGGGCUUUGAUGUAGCGGCUGAUAUUGGAUAA